AUGGCACCUGCAAGUGCUACCGCCAGAUCUAGUUCGGCAUGGGCGAACGAGGAAUUGUUGCAACUAGUGCAAGCGUGGGAGGAAGUAGUUGACGACCCGAAGAACCGUCUAUUGCUCUCUACAGGGGAGCGCUCUACGUUACACGCGCGGUUCUGCGCUAUAACGGGAUCUAAUAAACGCAGUCUGUCGUCGGUCACCCGCCAACACCAUCGGCUGUGUACGUCGUACCGCUUGAUCGUGGAAACCAACAAGCGAAGUCUCAAAAACGGAUCACCCGGGUGGUUUGAUCUGUCGACAGCUGAACAACACGAACUACGUCGGAUUCAAAAUAAAAAGGAAAAGGGCAUGACGGUCAUUAAUCCCGAUCUCUUUCGAAGACUCGAUCGCAUCUGCGGGGACAAAGCAGUUGAAGUGAAGAAACCCAAGCUCAAAAUGACCGGUCGGAAGCAAUCAGAACUAUUGAAAUUUAGUCAUCAUACGAAGAAAUUUGCUGACAUGGAAGAAGAAUCACUUAAGAACACAUGGACGGCACGUGACUGGGCUCUGUUUGUGGAGGCGUGGCAAUAUGCGGUGGAUGAGUUUCUCGAAUAUGGUAACAAAGUAGACGAGAAGGUGAAACUACCCAAUUGGUUGAUCCGGCAGAAGUUCGUCGCAGUCGGUGGACCGCAAGACACGUCAGUGGGCUCGAUUACAGCCAAGAAACGGUGUAUCAUUCAAUCGUAUCACUUUAUCCAACAAUGUGUUGCGGGGUUGGAGGCACUAGACGGAUCUGACUGGUUUCAACUCACGUUUAACGAACGCUAUCGAUUGCAACGGAAGCUUGUAAGUCCUAAGUCAAGUCAGCGGGUGGGAUGCGAGAUUGACCGCGUCACGUUUCUAAAAGUAGGCACCAUCAUUGACAAGGAGAAGGAGCUUGGAAUGGUGACGGUGACAGGUCUCAAACGAAAACGGAGUAAAAAAAAGAUGCGAAAACCGUUGAUGUCGUCCGAGGCAUCUUCGGAAGUUUCGAUGUCCCGGUCGCCCAGUCCUUCCUCUUCUCCUGAUGCUGAUGAAGUGUCAGAACCAGAAUCGGAGACUCGGGAUCCAGUGAAUCAUUCGUUAGUCGAUGAGGAUGAGGAAGUGCACGUUGACGAAAAGGUUGUCGAGGCGCUACUGGAGGCACAAAAUGCUCGCUUUGAGCAGCUGAUGCAUGACCUAAGGGACGAACGGAUGGAAGAACGCAAACAGAAUCAAGCUAUGCUGCUGGAAAUUUUGCACCAGCGAGGCUCGGCAGAAGACCCGAACCAGAACGUGUCUGACAUGGAGUCCCUGGUUUGUAAACAGCAACAGCAGCUCAUGGAUUUAUUCACACAGAUGCACACGGAGCGACAACAAGAGAGAGAAGACUUUUACGCAUUGGUCCGUCAGCUCUGUUCCCAAGCAAGAUCGUAG